CAGCAGUCUUAUCACAGUUGGAAAGAAGCUGUUCCCAAAUCUGGCCAUACAAGUCUUCAAGUUCCUAAGCCUUUUCCCGGAUGGAAGAGGGACGAAAAGUGUGUUGGCUGGGUGGGUCGUGUCCUUGAUUAUCCCGGCAGCACUGCUCCGACAGCGUGCGGUGUAAAGUGAGUCCAAGGAUGGAAGAUUGGUUUGUGUGAUGUGCUGUACCGUGUUCACGAUCUUCUGCAGCUUCUUCCGGUCUUGGACAGGACAACUUCCAUAUCAGCCUCUGUAAAGGGAAAACCCAAACUUGCACCACCGCCUACCCAUGACACAACCAGAAGGCAAUAAAUACAGAUGGCACUUUCUGUUAAUUAGAUACAGACUGCACCAGUGCAACAACAAUCAGAAGAAGAUCAUUUGAAAGAGUGCACCACCAUGAACAGCAAACUUAGCUUCAUUGUCCUCACUCUCGUCUUAUUUUAUGUGUCUUCCAUAAAAGCUGCAUCAGUUUUGAGAUCAGGAAUGGACCUGCGCUGUCAGUGCAUCAAACCAUCCUCAAAUUUCAUCCAUCCAAAGUUCAUGAAGAAUAUUGAAAUUAUUCCCAGUGGUCCUCACUGUGAGAAGGUAGAAAUCAUUGCCACUCUUCAGCAUACUAAAGUCUGCCUGGAUCCUGAAUCCCCUUGGGUACAAAAAAUUAUAAACAAGAUACUCAGCGGUUCCCAGACUGAUACGGUUCAAUAAGGAGAAGCUCAGAACCAGAGAGUGAAGUGGCUGAAAUGUUAUUCAUACCAGAGACACAGAAUCUUGCAUCUUGUUCAGAUUUAUGCUGGGGGGUUUAACAGCCUGUGAAUCUGUAACAGGUUUUAAACUGUGUUUUAUAUUUAUACAUUUAUCUGUUGGUGUUAGCGCUUGGGGGAAGACUAUUUAUAAAUUUAUUUAUAUAGUAAAGCCAAUGCUUGAAGAAUGAAAUGCAUUUCUUUUGUUAUUGAGUCAUAUCAUGCAUUAUUUUAACAAACUGUGAAUACGUCAGAGAUCACCAUCACAAAUAGGUAGAAAGCAAAUCUAAAAUAAAUUCCAAAAUGGUCUUCAGUGGAGCCAACAAUGCAAGCACAAGUGGUCUGAGCCAUAUUUGCAUGACCAGGGAGCAGGUAAUGCGAGGCUGCCAGUUCCAAAUCCUUUCAAUGAAGAAACGCAAGACUGCAGGUUCUGCAAUCUGGAGCAACAGACAAUCUGCUAGAAGAACUCAGUGGGUUAAACUGCAUUCGACCUGUUCCAGGGUUUUGACCCGAAACAUGGACAAUUCCUUUUCUCCCACAGGUGCUGUUUGACCUACUGAUUCCUUCACAAUUGUUCGUUGUAAACGCUGCAGGUUAUACUUAAUCAACAUUGUAAGGUAAAGUCUACCAACUAUUUAUUGUAAAAUACAACUAAGUAUUUAUGUAUGUCCAAUGAUUUCAUCAAAGGAUUACAUUUGGCUCCAUUAUAAUAAUGUUAUCUUAACAACAGGAAAAUAAUGCUACAGAAAUAUAUCUUUUGAUUAUAUAAUGUGAAAUUUUCAAUGCAUUUCAUCAACUAGAUUUUUAUAUGUAGUUACUCAGAGAUAAAUUACUUUGUAUAUUGAUUGUAUGGCAUUAAAUACGCUCUUUUAGUUUCAAAUAAGCCUAAAAUUAUUAUUAUUAUUAUUAUUAUUAUUAAAAUAUUUGGAG